GACAAAUAUCCUUCAUUCCGUCGAUGUCCUUCCACAGCGAUAGUCAGCCCUAAAUCGAAGUCCGGUGAGAGCGUGUGAGUUGUUUGUGUCUGUGAUAGUUAGACCCAGUGCCAAGUGCUCAGGAUGUUAUUCCUAGCGCCGCGCAAACAUCUGUUUGCCACCAACCUAAUCCUCCUGCUGAUCAUCUACGUGAUGCGCAAGUGCCUCCAGCUCUUCUGCAUCAUCGAGAACCGAGCCGUCCACUCGGAGGAGGACGAGAAGGACCAGUUGCCGGCCAGGGAGAUCAUCCACAGGCGUCGUGGCGGCUUCAAAAUCAUCCCGGCUGCCAUCCACGAGAGUAUGCACGGCUUUGGUUAUGGUGAGGGUCACUACCAGAUCUUCGUGGAGAAGAAGGAGCGCAACCUGCCCACCAAAUCACGCCUCAACGCGGCCACAGCCGAAGUCAAGCUGAAUCCCAAUUAGUUGGUCUUUUGCGACCAAAAGAAAACACUGACAUCUCAGCAUGUCAAAGACAAUGAGCCAAUUGAGCCAGCAAAAAAACCCCAUUACCCCACAUAUCCCCAUACAUCCAUGUCUUCUUCAAUAGUCUUUAAAUAAUUAUAAAAUGCACUAAGCAUAUACUUAUUUCUUUAAACACAACAAAGCGGAUUCUUGGCCAUUAAUAAAAAACACAAAAAAUAGUA